AUGGAUACCCUCGUCAAAAGGCUCACCUUCAAAUCCAAGGAUCUCGGCGUAGACGUCGACCUUCUUCUCACUUUCGACGAGCAGCCCGAUGUCAAGGUUUUCAAGGACUAUUACCCAUCGGCUUUUGCGGUCAGGAGAUUUGGGGCCGAAGGCGCCUACCGCUCCGAAGUUAUAUAUCAAUCACCAUUUGCGUUCACUAAGGUUCGUCUUUCUAGUGGUGACAUUCAAAGUGUUGCCGAGGUUGCUAUGCAGCCUGGGCAAACCACCACUUUAACCAAGGAGGGCGACAUAUACCAUUUUUCCGAUCCCAAAAUCGACCCCUCGGUAAAAUCUAUUCAAUGUCUAAACGACGCACCAUCCAAGGAGGAUAUAGGCUUUGGUUUCAUCGGGAGGGAUGGGGACAGGGCAAAGACGGCUCUAGUUUGGCUCGGCGUAGGGCACGAGCAGAAGGUAAACGUAGGAGUGUUUCAGCCAGUUCUAAGGGGGUAUAAUGGCACGGGCUACAAGGAGAACAGCUUGAUCAAGAGUCGAGUCGAGACCAAUUGUCUCUUCAGGCAAGAUCUUACUGCUCUCGAGGACGAUACUACGUGGAGCAUCACGUAUGAUCCCUCCACCGAUGUCGUCAGCAUCAAUCAGAUUUAAGAUCCAAAUUCCAUGAUCUUUUGGAUAUUUCCUUUGUGUUCCAAUUGUUUACCUCUGACUUGAAAUCUGUUCUCGAAUGUUGGCAGCUGUCGUGUACCUCAAUAUGUUUGUGCUCGUUCAAU